AUUGUUGUAGCUCUCAAAUGAUUACUUACAUUAGCGAUUUUAACUUUAUUUGACGGUCUAUAUACGGUUUGUGUUAGAGAAUCUUUUGAUGAUGUAGAAAAUAUAAAAUGUAAAAUUGACGAGGACGAUAAUAAAAGGCGCGUCACAGUGCCACAGCUAUAUCCCGUUUCCCAGAUAAAAUUUUGUUACAAGCUAGUUUCCCUAACGUUGCCAUUAAGUUAUAAAAACGUUAUUUGUGAAUGUUCUAGGAAUGUUCAAAACGUCCAGUUUUUUAGACGUUGUAUUAACAUUCUUGCUUGGUUCUAAGAACGUUAUUAAAAACGUUAUUAGAACGUUCUAUUUCCUUGUUAUAUAAACGCUGUCUUAAUGCUUUUAUGAGGUUAUAAAAACGUUCUUCAAAACAUUACUAGAACGUUCCAUUCACAUGUUAUAUACAGGUGAAUCUCAAAAAAUUCAAAGAUAGUGGAAAAGUUAAUUUCUUUUAAGUAAUUUAAUUCAAGAAGUGGAACUUUCAUAUUUUCUAGAUUCAUUACACAUAAAGUGGAAAUAUUUCAUGCCUUUAAAAUUUUUAAAAAAUUUUUUUAUAUAAAUCUUGACUAUUACGGCUUACAGCUCGUGGAAAUAAAAAAUCCAGUAUCUCAAAAUAUUACAAUAAAGAAUUUAUAAUACAGAAAUGUCGACCUGCUUAUCUUAACCAACUGGUGUCUUCAGUGCCCAAAUGCUUAAGUGUUAUUAAUAGAUAUAAUAUAUCUAUAUAUCUUAUAUAUUUAUAAUAUAAAAGUGAUGUUACACAGUGGUAAACAGUCAACUGUCCCAACAUUUUGGAGUGUGUUGCAGUCCAUAAACAUGGUUACAUAAAAACCACGACUUGGUGGCGCUCAAGCACAAAACUGUCUUGCGGAACACACAUAGAUACCUGAAGAUGAAGAAGACAGAGAAAUGCAAGCAAAUAUUCUAAGUGAUCCAUUUAUUUCUUUCAGUGUUGCUUUCUAUACGAAAUAACAUUAUUUGUUUAUUUGUCUCUUCCUGCAAAUGUUUCACAUCUAUGCUCAAUAGUAAUCUGCUGCUUGAUAGACCAUUGUCUUUAUUUUCCACCUGGCAUAUAUCUGCAUUUCUCCAGACCAUGGUUCACAUACUGCCAAGCAACUUCUCUUGCUGAUUUGAGCAACUGCAUUAGCCAUGAAGGUCACUGUAUGUGAAAUAUCUAUAGCAUCUAAACCUGAGUGCACAUUCUACCUCAAGUUAGAAUGGGCCAAAGACCUGGGAGCUGGUUUUGUUGUUCUGCUCUGUGAUGGUGCCUCUGCUUGGAGUGGUGAAGUAUCAGAGGAGGAUGUCAGCAAGGAGGCCCAGGAGUUGGAGAUGCCAAGAGAGAGGUAUGUUCAUGACCUGCAGCUGAUUCUGUCUGGUGAGGGACAAGCAGACCAGAGCUACAGCUUUCGCCUGGCACCUAAGCAAUCCGGAAGCCCGAUGUUACAGCUAUCUUAUGAGAAAGUGCAGCGUGACAUGUCGUUCAGGUUUGGAAUGGUGGAACUGCUACCUGUGUCAGAGCCCACUAAAGUCAUAAAGGAACUCAUUAGUUAUGGCUUAGAGCGCAGUGCUCACCUGCAAGCCAAGAAACACAUCGUGCUCAAGCAGAACCAGAGAUUGAUUAAUGAACAGGAACACAUCACUACAGAAAUGAAGAGAUAUAUCAAAGAAAAGGAGAUAUUGGAGAGCGAGCUGUACAACCGCUUUGUGCUGGUCCUUAAUGAGAAGAAGGCCAAGAUCCGCACUUUACAGGAGAGGAUCAAACAGCUACAGAAUACUAUACAAGACAAAAAGGAUAGAUGGAAGAAAGGUGAAGCCUGUCAUGGAGGAAAUGAACAUGCAGAUGAGAAACUUGAAAAUAGUGACUAUGGAAACACCACAGAUGAGGAAGAGGAUGGGCAUCCAAAAACUCGGAAUCUGAAACCCAGCAAUCAAGUGCUGGCAAGCAACCCAAUGGAUGGUCUAAAUGACAUUGCGGAUGUGGCACCAAGCAGAAAACGGCGUCGGCAUGUUAUUCAACCCUUGGAAACCCCAUCAAAAGGACCAGCUCUGGAGCAGAGACAGACCUUAAGGAAUGAUCUGCAUGAAGAAGCCAAAGCAGAAGUGAGUAAAGUUCUAUUUCAGCAGCCUACACCAAUCAGCCCAGAUCCGGAUGACCUGUUUGAUGACAUCUAACUGCCUUUGAUGUUGCUGAACAUCCCAAUAAAGAUUUUAGCAUUUGUAUUUGUCAUAAAAACCAGAGUUGCUUGUAUGUUUGUAUGUACGUGUUCUAUGUUUAUUGAAUUCUUAAAAAGA